GAACCCGCCGGCCUCAGGCAGCGGUCCCUCCUCCUUGCAACUCUGAGGGAAGCUCGGCCUCGCCCCCUCCCCUCCCGGCCGGGCUCCUCCCCAUUCCAAGCAGAGACGGGAGGGUGGGAUUCGUUCGGGGCGGCCCCUUUCCGCCGCGCUCCACCCUCUCUCCACGUUUGCAGCUUUGGAAAGCCGGGAUUUCUGAGGAGAACCCCUUGACCUCUCCCUCCGCUUCUUCUUUCUGGCCGCACUCGCCCAGUCUUGCUGGCUAUGGAAAGGCCAGGAAUGCCGGCCGGCCGGAGGAGGCAGCGCCGUCGGUGCUGCUCGCCGCUCUUGCUCGCCUUGCUGGUGAGCUGCGUGGCUUGCCAAGCUCCGCCGGUGCCGGCCGGAGAGACCCCGUGGGAUGGCAAGGACGUGUUCGUGGAGCGCAGCUAUGUGCCCGAGCAGUGUCCACGCACCGUGCUCUCCGGCGACUUCGUGCGCUACCAUUACCAUGGCACCUUCCCCGACGGCAGCAAGUUUGACUCCAGCUAUGACAGAGGAUCCACAUUCAAUGUAUUUGUGGGUAAAAACCAGCUUAUUUCUGGAAUGGACAAAGCUCUACUUGGAAUGUGUGUGAAUGAGAGGCGAUUUGUAAAAAUCCCACCCCAUCUUGGUUAUGGAAGUGAAGGAGUUUCUGGUGUGAUUCCUGCUAAUUCAGUACUCCAUUUUGAUGUGCUUUUGGUUGACCUAUGGAAUUCUGAAGACCAAGUUCAGAUUCAGACUUACUAUAAGCCAGAGAACUGCACAAGGACUGUUCAAGUGUCUGAUUUUGUAAGAUACCACUAUAAUGGUACCUUUCUAGACGGAACACUGUUUGACUCAAGUCACAAUAGAAUGCGAACUUAUGACACCUAUGUGGGAAUUGGAUGGCUAAUCCCUGGUAUGGACAAAGGUCUCCUUGGAAUGUGUGUAGGAGAAAAGCGCAUAAUUAUUAUACCACCUUUUCUGGCAUAUGGAGAAAAUGGCGAUGGUAAGGAAAUCCCUGGGCAGGCUUCUCUUGUCUUUGAUGUGGCUCUCCUAGAUCUUCAUAACCCCAAAGAUCGUAUUACUGUGGAAAAGCAACAAGUACCUGAAUCCUGUGAGCGUAAAAGCCAAGUUGGGGACUUCAUCAGAUAUCACUAUAAUGGUACACUUCUGGAUGGCACAUUGUUUGAUUCCAGUUAUUCUCGGAACCGAACAUACGAUACCUAUAUUGGGAAAGGUUAUGUGAUUGCUGGAAUGGAUGAAGGCUUGCUUGGUGUAUGCAUUGGAGAAAAAAAGAGAAUAACAAUCCCACCUCAUCUUGGUUAUGGUGAAGAGGGAAGAGGAAAUAUUCCAGGAUCUGCUGUGUUGGUCUUUGACAUUCAGGUGAUAGACUUCCACAAUCCUUCAGAUUCUGUUGCUAUUACCACCCAUUACAAACCUAGCAACUGUUCAGUACUGAGCAAGAAAGGUGAUUAUGUGAAGUAUCAUUACAAUGCCUCGCUCCUGGAUGGUACUUUAUUAGACUCAACAUACAGCCUUGGGAAAACCUAUAACAUAGUUCUUGGUUCUGGACAAGUAGUCUUGGGAAUGGAUAUAGGUCUCACAGAUAUGUGUGUUGGUGAGAAAAGAACAGUUGUUAUUCCACCCCACUUUGGUUAUGGAGAGGCUGGAGUUGAAGGAGAAGUGCCAGGUAGUGCUGUACUAGUUUUUGACAUUGAACUACUUGAUUUGGUGUCUGGCUUACCUGAAGGAUAUAUGUUUGUAUGGCAUGAGGAAGUAUCUCCCAAUCUCUUUAAAGAAAUUGACAAGGAUAACAAUGGAGAGGUUCUUCUGGAAGAGUUUACCAGCUAUAUCCUUGACCAGGUCAAUUCUGGCAAAGGAAAACUAGCUCCUGGUUUUGAUUCUGAAACAAUUGUGAAAAAUAUGUUCACCAAUCAAGACCGGAAUGGAGAUGGCAAGAUUACCGCUGAAGAAUUCAAACUGAAAGACGAAGAACUGCAGGAACAUGAUGAACUGUAGCAUAGUUUAAAUUUAUAUGAGGUGAACUGCUGUUAGGAUAUGUGCACUGUAGAAGUGGUCUAAAAUGUCUGAGUACAGUGGAAAUGAAUAUCCGUAUCUCUGUAUGUGUGAAAUUGGCAAGAGUUAUAUCAUAGAUUUUCUGUUAUAAAUCAUGAAGUGCCUCAGAAUUAGGUUUCACGAUUUUUAAAUUAAAUAUAUACACACUGCCAUAAUCACACAAAGUUUUCAGCUUAUUUUUAGAAAUGUGGGAAUUUUAGGAGGGUAUUGUGACCCAAAAGAGAUACAUAUUUCCAUUAAAGAAAUGCAUUAGAUUUCCAUAAUGUACUCUGCUAGUGCAAGGGAUUUAUACUUCUUCAGUGUUUUAUUUGUAGCUACAUGUAUAAAUUACAAAAGGAAGUGCACAGAAAAAUGAUUACAUACGUAGGCUGAAAUCCUUUUGCUUAAGUGUGCCAAGUCACACUGGAGUAGGCCCACUCUGGUGAGGGUUUUGUGAGUCAACUUUAGUAUCGUAAGUUGCGACUAAAGUAGGCCUAUUUGAAACAAUGGAACUUAUGGAGUUGAUUCAACAAAUCCCCACUGAUUAAGUGGGCCUAAUAUAGCGUGACUUAGUACACUAAGCAACAGGAUUUCAGUCAUAAAUUCCAUUUGACUUUGUCUUUACAGAAGUCUUAUAUUAAUAUCACAGAAAAAAGUGGAAACCUGAAACCUGAAUAGAUGCAUAAUAGCUAUAUAUUCAGUAUAUGGGUAAAUCUUGUCAUCUACAAGCAGUUGAAAGAACUUAAAAGUGAACUUCAUUUUAAAUUUCAGGCACUGUUCAUGUCUACAGUUUCUGAAGUUGUGGCUAGAUCUUUAAAACAAGGACAUAAAUCAGGUGUAAAAGAUGCAUACCAAAAGUUUAAUUUAAGAAACAUAAAGCCACUAAUGAUAUUGAACAAAGUGUCUUUCCCAGUGCAGUGAAAGGUUCUAACUUAAAAUGGUGCUAGUUUUUAACUUUAAGGCAUGCUUUAAUUUUUUUUCCUAUGGUGAGUAAAGUUUUGUGACUUUUUUUACACACUUUGUAAUGCUCAUAAUGCCAUAAAGAUUUGUCAAAGGUGAUGACAAGCUGGUAUUUUUAUUAAAUAAAUCUUAACAAACACAGCGUGUAAGA